AUGGGCCUGGCCCUACUCUCUAGGCCAUUUGGCAUUACCCGUCAAGUCCGUGCGGGUAGUUCAGUUCACCUUGUCCUUAGAAGAAGCUACAUGAGGGCCUCGGACCCCAAAAUUGGAAUACGGUCUAGCUCUACACAAGUCACCGUUGCGGACGCGAUCGAGAGCAAACCAAUACAGCCCAUAGUGGCGCCCAAGAGACACCCAAUUCCGGGUUUCCCUCUCUCCUCCCUCGAUAAUACAUCACUACUCCGCUCGCUGCUUAUUGCGGUUGUUUCUUCAAAAAAGUUUCUACUUCUGCCUGCUCUCCAUACCCUCUCUUUUCUAUCAAAACCUACGGGUGGCUUCCUGCUCGAUGUCGACAGAAACCCACUUCUACACGGAAUACUCAAGAAAACCUUUUACGAUCAAUUCUGUGCUGGUGAAACGGCAGAGCAGACAAAAGCUUGCGUAAAUCACCUGAAGAGUCUGGGGUUCCGUGGUGUAAUCCUCACUUACGCCAAAGAAACGGUUUUUGACCAUGAAUCACAGAGUGCACACGAACAUGGCAAGAAGAACGAACUAGAUGCCUUUAGCAAUGCCAAAGGUGUGAGGCUGGACCCAGAUAUUGAUGCCUGGAGACUGGGUACACUAGAAACCGCAGAUCAGAUUGGCGAGGGCGAUAUCUUGGCUGUGAAACUGACUGGUGCUGGUACGGCAGUCACUUCAGCAUUUGCUGCCGACGAAACCCUCCCUCCGCAGAUGAUCGAGGCCCUAGACGAGAUAGCUGCCUCGUGUAAGAGACGCAGAAUCAGGCUGAUCGUCGACGCCGAGUCCCAAAAAUACCAAAAGGCUAUCGAUCGUGUCACCGUUGACCUCAUGCGCAAAUUCAACCGUGACGGAUACGCCGCGAUAUACAAUACAUACCAAGCCUACCUCAAGGCUACUGGCGCCAAUAUCACCAACCAUCUCGCGGAAGCCAGCAAGGACGGAUUCACGCUCGGGCUAAAGCUGGUCAGAGGAGCGUACAUCCUCUCGGACAACAGAGCGUUGAUCCACGACACGAAGCAGGACACUGACGAUGCCUACAACAGCAUCUCGCAGGGCGCGCUCAAGCAGCACAUCGGGGAGUUCGGCGGCACCCGGCCGUUCCCGUCCCUCGAGCUCUUCUUGGCAAGUCACAACAGAGAGAGCCUGCUGGCUGCACUGAGGCUGCACCAGGAGCGGGUGCGGGAGCACAAGCCAACCGUGAACGUCUCAUUCGGCCAACUCCACGGCAUGUCGGAUGAGGUGAGCUUCUCGCUUCUGCAGGAGACGAAGCAAGGGGCGGUGGGACCCGGCGUCUUUAAAUGCUCCACAUGGGGGAGCAUGAGCGAGUGUCUGGCUUAUCUGGUGCGGAGGGCGGUGGAGAACAGGGAUGCGGUUCUGCGAACUACGGAAGAGUAUGCCGCUCUGAAGAGGGAAACUUGGAGGAGGAUCAAGUCGAUCUUUGGUGGUGUAGCAGCCUAA